UGAUAGUAUUGAAUAUUGGAUAUCUGGAGUAGCGCUAGUUCGCAUCAGGAGUUACGUUCCAAGAGUUAGACAUUUCAUGGAAUCAACUGAAACAGAACCUAAAAAGUCAAAUAAACCUAAAGAUACGCGCUUCCAUCAGCAACGUCUUAAGUCAUGGAGACCAAUUUUAACUGCUAGAAAUGCGUUCCCAAUAUUUCUUGCUAUUGGUUUAUUAUCCAUACCAGUGGGUAUAGUGUUGCUUACAUUCUCCAAUAGCGUUUUAGAAGUGGUUAUAGAGUAUACUCAUUGUGAAGACACCAUACGCCACACUCGAUGUUCUGAGUUGGUUAGGCUUCCAGAUUUCUAUAGGACAUACAAUAUAUGUUCAUGUAAAGUUGAUUUCGAACUUAAGGAAGAUUUCAAGGGUCAAGUCUAUUUUUACUAUGGCCUGUCAAACUUCUUCCAAAAUCAUCGCCGGUAUGUCAUAUCUAAGGAUGAUUAUCAGUUGCAUGGUUCAGUGGAAACUCCAAAACCAAGUUGUGAACCGUACCGAUUUGAUCCCAAUGGUAAAGUCUAUGCUCCAUGUGGAGCUAUUGCAAUGAGUUUAUUUAAUGACUCCUUUACUCUAAAGUAUCUUGGAAAAAGCUCCGAGCCUCUCGCUAAACCACUACAAGUUCCAAUGACCAAUAAGGGGAUCGCUUGGCGGACUGAUGUUGAAGAGAAGUUUGGAAAACCUCCGGCUGAUUCAUGGGCAAAUACAGUUAAGCCAGUAAGUUGGAAAAAGUCAGCACUUGAGCGCUCAUCUGGGGCAUAUAGUGAAGAUGAAGAGUUAUUAGUAUGGAUGCGCGUUGCAGCACUACCAACAUUUCGUAAAUUACAUCGUCUUGUCACUCAUGUGGGCGCUUUUUCAAAUGGUCUACCAGCCGGUCUUUAUAGCGUCGAUAUUGACUACUCUUAUCCUGUUACUCAGUUUGGUGGAACUAAACGAAUUAUCCUGUCUACAAUGAGUUGGUUAGGUGGCCGAAACCCGACAUUAGGAAUAGCCUACAUUGUUGUCGGCAGCGUGGGUCUUGUUUUAGGUCUUAUAUUUUUCUUUCUCCACUUCCAUACAAUCAGGAGUCGAUAGUCCAGUGUUCAUAAAAAUUGGAUGACUUUUAUGGAUUAUGAUUAGUAUUUUUACGAAAACUUGUUAAUUGUUCCAGUGAUCUUUUUUGAAGUCCUUUUUUAGAAUAUUUUUUUAUUUCUGAUGCCCAUUCCUUUAAAAACUAACUUAUAAAUUUGAACAGCAGUUUUUCCUGUGAUAUUUUCAAGAUUUCUGCUAUAAUAUACUGAUAUUGUGUAAAUUUCCACUGGCUUAUUUAGUCAGAUAAUUUGUUACAGGACAGCUAUACAUCUAACUAGUGACUUCGGUUAUUAAACUUUGGUUUAACUGCUCCUCAGCUUUUACCUCUCAGUUGGACGUUGAAUGCUUCAAAUUUUUUCGGUCCAUAUUGUUUAGUUAUGGUUCACUACAUAAUCACUCUUCAAAUAGCAUUCAGUGAGAUGAGUUUGGGCAAGCCCAGUUUAGUACAUGUUCCAACCACCUCAGUCGAUAAAAAUUUAAUGUUUUUUCAAUUCAUUUACCUUUAAAUAUAAGUAUCACUUGCAGUCUA